AUGCUAGGCUUGAAGCCACUCUGGAUUGAGGUAGAGAAAAGAGCCACCGAACAGUGGUACAGAAUGAAAGCAUGCAACGAAUGGAGAGGAAGCUGCGUAGGCAAGAGACACGCGCUGAUACAAAGAGAGGCACUAUCAAAACUUGAAAUGUUGAUGGCCAAUAAUGACGUUAUAAAGAGGCAGGAGAUAUUUGACAAGAAAUAUAGAAUACACAUAGGAGACAAAGAUAACUGGAAGGUGGAAGUCGGACACCCGACGACCAUCUGCUUCACGGAUGGCUCAAGAAGAAGCUCGAUGAAACUAGCAGGAGCGGGCAUAGUGAUCCUCAAACUGGGAGAGCAUCAGUACCACUGGGUAGAUAUGCUUGCGUGUUCCAAGCCGAGAGGCAACUACAUCGGUACCAAUAACAAAGCCAGGACCGACGACGGAACGAAGCUGCGGUUGCGGUGGAGGGCGCUCAAGUGCUCCGAGCUCGGUUUCCCGCUGAAUUGCGACAAUAAAUGUGAGCCAGGCUGCAAGUGCAAGGAUGGCUAUGUUUGGAACGACAAGGGUGUUUGUAUCCCUGUAAAGACCUGUCCAUCAUGUGGUGGAGACAAAAACGCCGAGUCUGGAUGUGGCACUAACUGUAACAAAACGUGCGCUUCUCUAGGACAAAAACCUCCUAUCGGUUGUCCAAAGAUUUGUUAUCCCAACAGUUGCGAUUGCAGGGAUGGAUUUUAUUAUGAUCCUAAGCAGAAAAAAUGCGUAAAGAAAGAGGACUGCACGCCAACCUGCAAAAAGAACGAAAUAUAUUCCUCUUGCAUAAAGGGAGGGUGUGGACCUAAAAACUGCAGUCAGAUAAACCAGCCAAAAAUCUGUGUAGAUCCAUUAAUUUGUAAAAAGGGAUGCAUUUGUAAGGAACGUUACUUGAGAGCCGGCAAUGGAACUUGUAUACCAAAGGACCAGUGCCUACAAAAGUGUCCUGGACAGAACGAGUACUACGAGAAAUGCAUUAAUAAUUGCGGAAGCCAGAACUGCUCCGACAGAGGCAAGAUCUACCACUGCCCCAACAUAGUGCCGGGAAAGUGUGACUCACGCGGGUGUCGUUGCAAGCCUGGUUACCUAAGGGAUGCUAAAGGAGUUUGCGUUUUAGAAAAAGACUGCCCCACGCCUGACUGCCCCUAUGGGGAAGUUUGGAAUCCGUGCCCCACCGUCCCGUGCGAAGGGGACAACUGUGCCAAAACCAAAGACUCGCCGCAAAGUUGUCCGACCGGAAUAGUGUGCAGUCCGGCAAGAUGCGUGUGCGGCUACAACAGGAAAAGAGCUAAGAAUGGCACUUGUGUCCUAAUAACUGACUGUCCACCGUUUAAAUGCGGUAAAAACGAAACGUACGUAGCUUGCUCAUCAAACUGCCCAGGGGAGAAUUGUAGUGACUACAUCAACCAAACGAAAUGUCCAAAAUACAGGAUCGGCAUUGUAGUAAAUUGCAAACCAGCGUGCAAAUGUAAGAAGGGCUACUACAGGGACAAGAAAGGAAACUGCAUUCUGGCUUGUGAUUGUACUAAACCCCCGCCAAAAUGCGGCAAGAACGAGGUAUACGACGACUGCUCUUCCACGAGUUGUAAGCCGACACUUUGCUCCCAGCUCGGUUACCCGUUGAAAUGUGAUAAGGAAUGCAAGCCGGGAUGCAAGUGCAAGGAUGGCUAUGUUCACAACGACAAGGGUGUUUGUAUCCCUAUAAAGAACUGUCCAUCAUGUGGUGGAGACAAAAACGCCGUGUCGGGAUGUGGCACUAACUGUGGCAAAACAUGUGCUUCGCUUGGUCAAAAACCUCCUAUAGUUUGUCCAAAGAUUUGUAAACUCAACAGUUGCGAUUGCAGGGAUGGAUUCUAUUAUGAUCCUAACCAGAAGAAAUGCGUUAAGAAAGAGGACUGCACGCCAACCUGCAAAGUGAACGAAAUAUAUUCGACUUGCAUAAAUGGCGGAUGUGGCCAUAAAAACUGCAGUCAAAUUAACAAGCCAAUAGCCUGCGUACAUCCAAAAAUAUGUAAAAAGGGAUGCAUUUGUAAGGAGGGUUACUUGAGAGCCGACAAUGGGACUUGUAUACCAAAGGACCAGUGCCCAAGUAAGCAUGACGCAGAGGAACCCCCGCCGAAAUGCGGCAAGAACGAGGUAUACGACAACUGCUCUUCCACGAGUUGUAAGCCGACACUUUGCUCCCAGCUCGGUUACCCGUUGAAAUGUGAUAAGAAAUGCAAGCCGGGAUGCAAGUGCAAGGAUGGCUAUGUUCGCAACGACAAGGGUGUUUGUAUCCCUAUAAAGAACUGUCCAUCAUGUGGUGGCGACAAAAACGCCGUGUCGGGAUGUGGCACUAACUGUGGCAAAACAUGCGCUUUGCUUGGCCAAAAACCUCCUUUCGUUUGUCCAAAAAUUUGUAAGCUCAACAGUUGCGAUUGCAGGGAUGGAUUCUAUUAUGAUCCUAACCAGAAAAAAUGCGUUAAGAAAGAGGACUGCACGCCAACCUGCAAAGUGAACGAAAUAUAUUCGAAUUGCAUAAAUGGCGGCUGUGGCCCUAAAAACUGCAGUCAAAUUAACAAGCCAAUAGCCUGCGCACAUCCAAAAAUUUGUAAAAAGGGAUGCAUUUGUAAGAAGGGUUACUUGAGAGCCAUCAAUGGAACUUGCAUACCAAAGGACCAGUGCCCACAACCCCCGCCGAAAUGCGGCAAGAACGAGGUAUACGACAACUGCUCUUCCACGAGUUGUAAGCCGACACUUUGCUCCCAGCUCGGUUACCCGUUGAAAUGUGAUAAGAAAUGCAAGCCGGGAUGCAAGUGCAAGGAUGGCUAUGUUCGCAACGACAAGGGUGUUUGUAUCCCUAUAAAGAACUGUCCAUCAUGUGGUGGAGACAAAAACGCCGUGUCGGGAUGUGGCACUAACUGUGGCAAAACAUGCGCUUCGCUUGGCCAAAAACCUCCUAUCGUUUGUCCAUUGAUUUGUAAGCUCAACAGUUGCGAUUGCAGGGAUGGAUUCUAUUAUGAUCCUAACCAGAAAAAAUGCGUUAAGAAAGAGGACUGCACACGUACCUGCAAAGAGAACGAAAUAUAUUCCACUUGCAUAAAUGGCGGAUGUUACCCUAGAAGCUGCAGUGAGAUAAACCAAUCAUCAGCCUGCGUAGAGCCAGAAAUUUGUAAAAAGGGAUGCAUUUGUAAGAAGGGUUACUUGAGAGCCGACAAUGGAACUUGUAUACCAAAGGACCAGUGCCCACCCUCGCCUGACUGCCCCUAUGGGGAAAAAUGGGAUAAGUGCCCCACCGUCCCAUGCGAAGGGGACAAAUGUCCCAAAACCAAAGACUCGCCACAAAAUUGUCCGACCGGAAUAGUGUGCAGUCCGCCAAGAUGCGUGUGCGGCUACAACAGGAAAAGAGCCGAGAAUGGCUCUUGUAUCCUUAUAACUGAUUGUCCACCGUUCAAAUGCGGUAAGAACGAAAUGUACGUAGCUUGCUCAUCAAACUGCCCAGGGGAGAAAUGUAGCGAUUACAUCAACCAGACGAAAUGUCCACCUUUCAAGAUCGGCAUUAUCGUAAAUUGCAAACCGGCGUGCAAAUGUAAGAAGGGCUACUACAGGGACGUAAAAGGAAACUGCAUUCUGGCUUGUGACUGUCCCGUCAGUACCACGACGACGCCGAAGCCUACUCGUCCCCCCUGUGGCUGCGAGUACGAGUAGUAUAUAGUAUCGCCGUGCCCUCACCGCAUUCAGGCCA